UUGCACGGGCAUUAUUUUCCACCUCUCUUCUGGAACUUGCUUCAUCCAGCUGACACUGCUUCAAAGUCUUAGGCAACUCUCAGACUCACAGAAGAAAUCAGUCCUAUUGGAGAUACAUAGAUGAAUGGGGAGGCCAAAACGAUAAAAUUGCAGAUGUUGCCGUGUUUGGCUGGCGUCAAAACUCAUUUUGUCCCAUCCUGUUAUCACUGGCAUCAGCUUCAGGACUGAAUGCCUCUCUUCGCAUGGCAACCGUGUCCGGGACAGAGUAGAAGACCUCCAGAGGAUGAGCUCCCUGGCCCGCAGCUCGCACCUCCAGCUAGCCGCCUUCGCUCUGGGUACGGUAGGCUGGAUCCUGUGCACCAUUUCAAUGGGAAUUGUGGAGUGGAGAGUGUGGCAUGUGGACAACACCACUAUCAUCUCCUCUGGCAUUGCCUGGGUGGGGAUUUGGAAAGUCUGCUUCAUCAGUUACCUUCACGUCUCGCCUGGCUAUAAAGAACAGUUCUGCCAUAAAUUCAGUGGCUAUGACUCCUCCAUCCCCCACGAAAUUUAUGCUGCUCAGGGUCUCCUGUUGAUCGCCAUGUUCAUGGGCUUGCUGGGAGUGACUGCCACAAUAUUUGCUCUGAGGAAUGUUUAUAUGGGAGUCACUCGCAAAACUCUCAUUACCCAUUUCUUCCUGGCGGGUGGCUGCUUUUACAUACUCGCUGGUCUGUGCGUCCUGAUUCCCGUGAGCUGGAAUUUCUAUUCUGUAACGCACAACCAGAGCAUCGCUUUUCCUCCUUCUUACUACAUGCCCUCCAGCCCAGCGGCGCAGGAAGCUGGUGCUGCCAUUCCUAUCGGGAUUGUAGCUGUCAUCCUCCUGCUGCUGAGUGGGACUUUUUCUCUCUCGUACAGAUUUCCAGCGACCGCAAACACUAUCACAAAAUCCUGACAGGAUAAAUCCCUCCCGUGCUGUUUCAGAACAAGAGCACAGUCAAGAGAUAAGGACAGCAGCAUGAGCGAUUUUAUAGUCAAGGAACUGCAGAAUUUAAUUUUAGUCUAUAGCAGCCACACUAUUUUGUUAUACGAACCAGCUGAAUUACAGUCUUAGUUGUCACAUAUAUAACCAGAGGUUCGUCUUUGAGAUAAUUGCUGUUGAGCAGCAACUGCGAUUAAGUUUUACCAGUUGUCCUCUUUUGUAUAUACAAACAUUAUUGAUUAAUUUAUUUUUUUGUGUAAGAUAUUUAUCAUGCUCAAAGAGCUGACUCUGAACUACUGUCCUGUUAGAAAAACGUGAAAUAAGACGUAUUAAAUGUGAACUUGUUUCCUUGUUGGUACUAAACUAUUUUGUCCAUUAUUUAAUUACAUCUGUA